AUGAACAUCGAUAAGCUCAUUAAGAGAAAGCAACAUGCUAGACGUGACAACAAUCUUCGUCAAUUAGCUGAAAUCACGAAUACUUUAGGGGACAUGUACUUCGAGAACAAUCGGUUAAAGGAGGCUCUGCAGGAAUAUUCUGAACAGCUGAUUGUCUGUGAGCAAUUACAAGAUAAACUAAGCUGUGCGAUAGCACACAGAAUGAUCGGAGAGGUUUACGCGAAUUUGGAAGAUUACGAACAGGCCCUGAAACAUCAAAAUUUACAUCUGGAAGGUGCCAAAGACAUGAAGAACUCGAUAGAGGAGCAACGAGCAUUUGCUACUUUAGGUAGAACUUAUUUCUGUUUAGCUGAGAGCUUAAUCGGAAAAACUCAGAAACGAGAUGAAGCAUUGGCAAAUGCGAAGAUGGCUUAUGUGCAAAGUAUGGAGCUGUGUGACAAAUUAACAGCCACAGAGAUCAAAGUCGAAGAGAAGACGCUGAUGCGGGCGAGAUUGCUACUUAACUUAGGUUUAACGCUGGAAGCGCAGAAAGAGACGCAACAGGCGAUUAGUCUAAUCGAGCAAGCGACUGCAUUAUGUGUAUCUAAUAAUUUUCAGGAAGACCUGCAUCGAACGUGUAUUUCUUUAGCGACUAUAUACGAGCGGCAGAGCAAUCUUGAGCUGGCGUUAAGUUAUAUCGAAACUGCAGCCACUGUAAAUGACGGGCGCUUGAAAGCCGAAGCGGAAAUAAUAAAGGCUGAACUAUUUAUGCGAACUGGACAGUGGAUUAAAACACGUAAAGUAUUAGUUCCCCUAUAUACGAGUACUGGAUUGCCAAAAGACAUUAAUCAUCAGGUGGAAAAGUAUUUAAGAAUUAUUGUAACGAUUUGUCGAGCAGAAAACAGUCUUCUUGUCGAGACUGAUACUCGAACUAAGCAGAAGCUGUAUGAGACCUUAGGCGAUGCAGCAGUCGCCGCGCAAUGCUUCGACAAAGGUGCGGAAUAUUAUCGACAAAUGUUGACUUGCGCUGAGGAAACUGGUGAACAGAUAGGUAUUUCUUUAAUGAGCCUGGCUCAAACGCUCAAAGAUGCAAGACGUUACAAAGAAGCGUUGCCAUUCGCGCGAAGAGAAUUGGACCUUUGCACCAAUCCUCGAGAGAAAUACAGGUCGGCGUUAUUUCUAGCGGAUUUAUUAAUAACGGUGAAUGCCGCUGAUGUGGAAAUACGGGAAUGUUACACUUCAGCAUUGAGUGCAGCGAACGAAAGCGAUAACGUUAAGCUACAAAAGUUUGCCACAAGAGAAUUCGUCAGUUAUCUGGAAAGCGUAGGCCAGUUCGAUGAGGCAGAGGGUAUAAAGCAGAAAGUAGGAUUAAUGUUUUUAGAAGCACUGAGCGAUACAGAGAGUGAAGCGUCUGAGGAAAGCGAUAGAAUCGGUGCAGACAUUUGUCUGGAGGAUCUGUCUGAUCUAGAACCCGAAGAUAGUGUCACGAAGCCGGUUGGCACCAAAAGAAGAUCGAGGAGGGGAACGUCAACUGCAAUCAAGAGGAAUGAAAAGGGUGAAACGCAGCUCCACGUGGCAUGUAUCAACGGUGACAUCGGUGCCGUUGAGAGGCUCUUGUCAUCCGGUCAUUGCACAAAUGUCAGAGAUAACUAUGGAUGGUCCCCGCUUCACGAAGCUGCUAAUCACGGUUAUGUAGAUAUUGCGAAACUGCUUCUGAAGCACGGUGCUAAUGUUAAUGAUCCGGGCGGUACGUCCUGUAAAGGUGUAACGCCGCUUCACGACGCUGCAUGUUGCGGACACUUCUCGAUGAUGCACCUUUUGAUACAACACGGAGCAACCGUGACGCUCAAGACCCACGACGGCGAAACUGUGCUGGAUUGUUUGGAAGACUGGAGAGAUCGCGUGGAAGAUUUAAGUCCCAAACAUUUAGUUGAAUACGACGCGAUGUAUAAAGAACUUUCGGAUGUUAUUCCAUUGAAAAAGAAAAGGAAGAGAUCUAAUGAUGUUCGAACUUCGGACGAAGGGUCUACAUCGUCCGAGACAUACGAGAUUCGAAAAAUAUCUGCCGGUGAGGAUUAUAAGAGAACAAUAGCGAGCUUGCGGACCUUUAAUAAAACUAAUACUGUUAGUGCAUCUAAAGGCAAUAAUGAGGCAGUAACUAAGGCGAUUACGCCUUUAAUUAACGAAGAACAAGUUCUUGUCGAUGAUUGGCUUGAAGACGAUAUCAGAGAUGCAGCGAAGAAAAAAUCUACGAACAAUCACCCUAUCACAAUCAAACGAAAGUCUUCCGACGGAAAUCUGGAGAACACUACUAAAAAAUUGAGACUAAACGGUUCAUGUCAAAGUAAGAACGGUUUUAGUACAAGCGAAGGCAGCGAUGAUGAUUUCUCUGACAUUGUUGAAUUAUUUGAAGAACCUAAGAAACGUAAGAAAAAACGACAGAUAUCCUUGAUCUCAAGUGGAUUCACCAUGUCUCGCAGUCGUACACCGUCUCCAGUGGCUCAUUUGCAACCGUCUCCUGCAAUAAGUUCGAAACAGCACGACAAAGAGUACGUACAUUUACGUACGCUUGUCAAAGAUAAAGUGUUCAAUCUAAAAGCAGCAGUUUGCGAAGAUGAGCAAGAGUUCCUGACGUACAUUACAAGUACUACCGAACGCAUGUUCCACGAUGAAACCGGUUGUACAGUUAAAUUGUCGUUUCAAUCUAUAAAUGGGACUGUCGUGACGAAAGAGAGUAUUCUAAGAAUCACGAGAGAAAAUGCGAAUGAUAAAUUGGAGUGUGAAGUAAUCGAACUGCAGGUUCCAUCCAUCGUCGAGCGAUUCAAGACAACCUGUUGUACUCACAAUCUGACGCCCUGCGAAAUCGUGCUAAAGUGCCUGAAAUCCUGCGAGAAUACGUCAAUAUUUCGUGUAAAACCUGACGAUAUCAAUAAAGAAGUGCUUGUGCCAUUAUUAAAAACCUUAGAAUACGAAAAGAAUAUUAAACUAUUACAAUUGUCGGGCACUGUCUUGUUGACAGCGGGAAUACAUUUAUAUCAAUGUCUCUCGAAUAUGUCGUCUCUACAGGAGCUCUAUUUAAAAGGCUGUGAUAUUGACUUCGCCUGUUUACGCCAAGUAAACUCGUUGCCUUCUCAAUUAAGAGUCUUAGAUCUGAGUUAUAAUCCGUUGAGUUCUGAGAGCUGUGAGAUCCUGCGGAAGCUAAUCGCGCCCUUGAGAUACUUGCAAACUCUUAACUUACGUUACUGUAUGCUGGAAAACUUUUAUCUUCCACUUGACAAUCCCAAUCUAACAAGCUGCGAUAUUUCGUGGAAUAAACUAAAUCGCGAUGCAGCGACUUCUUUCUUGAGUAAGCAACUGUUUGAUUUGAAUUUGUCUAAUAUUCUGUCUUCCAACCGUUUCAUCUUAAGUCUGGAUACGAGUGUGGCCCUGGCGCCAAGCUUAGAGUCGCUGGAUCUUUCGUUAUGUGACGUAUCAGAUGCUGAUGUAAAGAUCAUCUUAACGCAAUUGCCUAGACUAUUAAAAUUAAUACUUCGUGGGAAUAUAAAUGUGUCUGUGUUCUCCAUAAACUUAUUGUUAAGUCGUCAGCCUACGUUAACUUAUAUUGAUGUCAGCGGUUGUAAAAAUGUUGUCAGUAAUCCAGAGGCAGGAUUAUUUAUACAAAAUCCUGAAGUUUGUACACUACUGGCUAGUAUAGAGCCAAAUUUAUGUGAUUCUUGGAUUAAAUUGUGGCGAGGCACUUCAACAUUUUAUCCUCAUCUUGACAAUAAAUUCCAAGGAAUGUACGAGUUCUCUCCUCAUUGCAGUACACCCUUACAUCUGUGAGUUGUAUGAUAAAUUUAUUAAAGUUACGACACGCCAGCUUUAUGCCUUCUACAAACGAUUC